CAGCUGAACUUCCAGCCAGCCGUGACUUCUCUCAGCUAUAUCUUUAUCGCAGGCACAAGAAGCCAAGGAAGCCCUCCCUGAGCCCCUGAACUUGGCUGCCCUUCCUUCCCAGACUGGGUCCCCAUCCGGAGCCCUAGUCCUCACAUAUGGCCUCAUCCUGCUCAGCCGUCCUGCUGGGGGAUUCAGCUGCCUUCACUGCUGCCCUUAGGACUCUCAUCAACAACCCACAGUUCAGUGAUGUGACGUUCUGGGUUGGCAGAGAACAGCAAGAAGUCUUUGCCCAUCGCUGCCUCCUCUCCUUCCGCUGCCAGGCAUUCCAAGCACUGCUGAGGAGCCAGCCCCAGGAGAUGCAAGCCCCACUAGUCCUGAGCCACGUGCAGCCAGAGGUGCUCCUUGCAGUCAUUGAGUACCUGUACACUAACAGUGUCACCCUCAACAACCUUAUCGCUCUGGAGGUCCUGACCUCUUCCAUGGAGUAUGGGCUGGAUGACCUCAGAAAACUAUGUGUUGAAUUUAUCAAAGACACACUGAGUGUGGAGCAAGUCUGUGAGGCCUUGCAGGCAGCUGUGGCAUAUGGACAGGCGGAUUUGCAGAUGCAUUGCCUGGCGUUCAUUGAAAACUGCACACGGGAGGUGGUGCAUACUCGUGGUUUCCUGGAACUGUCAGAACUGGCAGUGCAAACUGUCUUGCAGAGUGACUGCUUGGCUAUCGAUGAAGUGGACCUGAUUCGUGCUGUUCGAGAAUGGGCUCACGUUGGCUCUGCUGUGCUGGGUAGCCCAGUACAGAACGUGGCAAAGACAGUAGUGCCAGAGCUGCGUCUAGCUUUGCUGUCGCCAAGUGAAUUGACCACGUUGGAGGAAGAGAACAGAAAGGAUCAUAUGAUUCCGGUUGAAAGUCUGUCUGAGGCCUGGAAGACACAUGCCUUACGGAAGGGGCGUGGUGUGCGGUCUUGCCUAUGCCGGCGCCGGCGUGGCACACUGCCUCGGGAACAUCAUCGCCAUCUUGACCCUCUGCACAAGUGAUAUGGUGCUCUGAACUUGGAAAGGGAGCAGUGCUUCUGUUUCCAGUCUAUCCAGCAUUGGUGGUGUGAGAGCUAUGAACCAGCAGCUGAAAUAACUCAGUGGCAUCAUCAUUUCAGCCUGAACUAUAGUACAAUUGGCAGAAGGAGCUGAACAAGAGUUCCCAGCAUGCAAAGGAGAAAGGCCUGGGUUCCAGCGAGAGAGGCAUGUUCCAUGCAGGCUGGGGCUCCAUCUAAUGCUUUGGAUUUUGAUGCCCCAUCUCUGUUGUUUUCUUCCAGCCCAUUCUUGGGCUGGCUCUUAUCUUUCUUAAGUCCUGCUCUCAUCCUCAGUAAGGUUUGCUUUGUAAUAAGGCAUUUCCUUUUUGGAAAUGAGUAGAGUAGAGGCUCUACUAGUAGUAGAGUGAGGCUGCUCUUGCACUAAGCUAGUGCUGGCUGUGGUGAAUGGGACAUAGGAAAUCCUGGGGGUUUUCACUUUAACCAGUCAUCAUAGAGAUUUAUUAACACCUGGAUACAGUACCUGUGAUAAGGAUACAAUGAUAAGUUUAUCACUUGAAAACUGCCACUUCAGCUGAUAUUGUAAGGAGUCCUUAGUGCCACCACAACUAGGGGAUGAACUCACUUUCAGAAUCUUUAUAAGGUCUGUCAGUAAAAGGGAGUUGUGUGUCAUUAUAUAACAACUAUGGCUAUUUUGCCAUCUCUCUCAGAAGAGAAACACCAGCUAACUCAUAAGCAUCUGGUGGAUCACACUGAGGGAAACAGGAUGCUAGAUCUUGGGCCUAAUCUAGCAAAUCUCUUCUAAAGUUCUUAUGUAGCAUAUGGAAAUUUGGUCAAGUUCAUAUGUGACCUGCUUGCCUGAAGAUACGAAUAUGACAAAUAUGUAUAUAAGGCUUUUCAACAAAAGUUCCCAGAAGUGGUUUACAUAGAUACAAAUAAAUAAAUAAAAUGCCUGUCCCCAAAGGGCUCAAAAUCUGAGAAAGUGAGUGCCACUGAAGGGAUGCUCUGCUGGGGGUGGAUAGGGCCAGUUGCUCUCCCCCUGAUAAAUACAAAUAUAGGCACAUAUUAUUUAUUAUUAUUAUUUAUUUAUCAAAUGUGUACACUGCCCCAAAUGUUCAUCUCUGGGUGGUUAACAAUAGCAUAAAACAAAUUAAAAACAUAUACAAAAAACUUAAAACAAUUUAACAUUUUAAAAAUAAACCAGAGAUUAAAACCUAAACUUUUUAGGAAGCUGAGAAAGCUUGGGCAAAAAGAUGGGUUUUCAGGUAUUUUUUUGAAAAUUUCCAGAGAUGGCAAGUAUCGUAUCUCAACAGGGAGCACAUUCCACAGUCUCGGGGCAGCGACUGAGAAGGCCCGUCUCUGUGUAGCCACCAAACGAGUUGGCAGUAACUAGAGACGGACCUCCUCAGAUGACCUCAAUGGGCGGUGGGGCUCGUAGUGAAGAAGACAUUCUCUUAAAUAUCCAGGGCUUAAGCCAUUUAGGGCUUUAUAUGUUAUAACUAGCACUUUGUAUUUUGUUCUGAAACCUAUUGGGAGCCAGUGUAGCUCCAUCAGUAAAGAAGCAACAUGUUCUCUCUAGAGGCUCACCCAGAGACCAACCUGGCUGCCACAUUCUGAACCUACUGAAGUUUCCGGACUACGUACAAAGGCAGCCCCACAUAGAGCGCAUUACAGAAGUCAAGUAUGGAGGAUACCAACAGAUGUACCACUGUUUUGAGGUCAUUGAUCUCGAGAAACGGGCGCAGCUGGUGUAUCAGCCGGAGCACAUCUGGCCACCGGCUCUACCUGAGAAACCAAGGAGAGGUGUGAAUCCAGUACUCCCAGACUGCGAACCUGUUCCUUUUGGGGAAGUGUGACCCCAUCUAGAACAGGCAGAUCAAAAUAGUCUCCAGAGUUCUGACCCCGCACAAUAAGUACCUCUGUCUUUUCUGGAUUCAGCUUCAGUUUAUUCUCCCUCAUCCAGCCCAUUACUGCUUCCAGGCAGGCAUUUAGGGAAGAUAUGCCAGCUCCUGAAUAAGAUGACAUGGAGAAGUGUCAUCAGCAUACUGGUAACACCCAGCUCCAAAUCCCCUGAUGAUCUCUCCCAGUGGUUUCAUGUAGAUGUUAAAAAGCAUUUGAGAAAGUACGGACCCUUGAGGGACACCAUACUUAAGCUUAGAUUUCAAAGAGCAAUAAUCUCCAAUCAACACCAUCUGGAAUCUAUCCAAGAGGUAGGAGCGGAACCACUGUAAAACAGUGCCUCCCACCCCUAACAUCCUCAGAAGUUCCAGAAGGAUACCAUGGACGAUAGUAUUGAAAGCCGCCGAGAGAUCCAAAAGGACCAACAGAGUCACACUUCCUCCGUCAAUUCCCAACUGGAGAUCAUCCAUCAGGCCAACCAAGGCAGUCUCGACCCCAUAGCCUGCCCCAAAACCAGUUUGAAAUGGGUCUAGAUAUAAUCAGUUUCCUCCAAGACUGCCUGGAGCUGAGAGGCCACCACCCUCUCAAUUACCUUGCCCAGCCAUGGGAGGUUGAAAACAGGCCUAUAAUUGCUCAACUCUGAGGGAUCUAAUGCAGGCUUCUUUAGAAGAGAUCUAAUGAUUGCCUCCUUAAGACAAGGAGGCAUCCUGCCCUCCCUCAGAGAAGCAUUUAUGAUUUCCACCUGGCCGUCUACAACAGCCUCCCUGUUAGAUAGAACAAGCCAUGAUGGACAAGGGUCAGGAGCACCAGUGAUAGGCGUCACCACUGCAAGCAGCUUGUCCACAUCCUCAGGAGUCACAAAUUGAAACCGAUCCAGUCGAAUCACAUAAGAGGAGUUGUUGGGCACCUCCAGUUCAGACAUCAAAUUAAUUAUGGAGUCUCCAUCUAGGUCGGCCCGAAUCAGAGAGAUUUUAUCUGCAAAAAAUUCUUUAAACACAUCCCAGCAGGUAGCUGAUGACUCCAAAUUCUGGUUCAAGGGAGGGGGAGCAGAUACUAGUCCCCUCACAACCCUGAACAACUCCGCUGGACGUGCACUCACAGAGGCAAUACGGGCAGAAAAGAACCGCCUCUUUGCCGCACAUAUUGCCUGAGCAUAGAUCUUUAGAUGUACUCUAUGUCGCAAUCUUUCAGAUUCAAGUCGAGUCUUUCUCUGCUUGAGCUCCAGUCGCCUGCCUUGCCGCUACAGCCCCCGUAGGUCUUCCGUAUACCAAGGGGCCAAUUUUGAAGCAGGUCGGAGGGGAUGCUUGGGAGCAAUCGUGUAUACUGCCCUGGUGAGCAAGUUGUUCCAAUUCUCAACCAGGGCAUCAACAGGAUCACAGGCAAAGCCAACACUGAAUCCCUCCAAGGCUUCUUUACUUGAAUCUUACUGGAUUCAAUAACCUCUUCGGGUGGAACAUUCUAAUAGGCCCCCACUGCUGCAGAGGUGGGAAGUGGUUGUAAUCCCAACCUUAAUCAGAUGGUGGUCCGUCCAUGACAAAGGGGAUGUCACAGGAGUACCCACCCACGAAACACCACCCUGAUCAGAGUAAAAGACCAAAUCAAGCGUGUGACCUGAAAUAUGCAUCGGUCCAGAGACCACUUGGGAUAGGCCCAUAGUUGUAAUGGCCGCUAUGAACUCCUGAGCUACCCCGGACAGAUUGGUCCCAAAAUGAACAUUGAAGUUCCCCAGCACCACGAGUCUGGGAGACUCCAACGUGAGUUCCGCGACCAAGUCUUAUAUGUGACCUGCCUGUCUAAAGAUGGCAAAGGUAACCACAAGGAUCAGUUGCAAAGGCUGUCCAGUUUGGGGAAAUAGUUUUGUAAUGGACUGAGUGAGGCCUGCUGACAGGGCCAUCCUUUUGCACUGUAUACAAAUAAUGCUUUGCUUUGUUUUAAAUGAACAUAUAAUCUCAGGUAUUCAACUUGGAAUAACAAUAACAAAAAUUAAAAGAAAUACAGCUCAGACUGUUCUUAGCAUUUGCCACAUAAUCCAUAAUGCAAGUAACAGAUAAUCCUGGGUCUAGUAGCCCAAAAUAAACGUGUAGUAAAUAAAUUUUCCAUGGGAUGGGGCAGUUGGAUUUUGCUGCAUCCAAUAUGCAACUUGUUCCUUAUGCCAUACAAAUCUGAUGCUAGCUACCUCAGACAAGAAAAAUUUAACUUUUCUUUAAAUUUGCCUCUCUUACAGCAGAUUCAGGUAGCAAAUACAAGCAGAACCUAAGCAAUUAAAAAAACAACAAAAAACCUCAAACCCAGUUGCCCUGGGACCAGAUUCUGUAUUUGCCAGCCCAGCCUAAAUGUGUGUGUGGAAGAGCAUGAGUGCUUAUUCUCUCCAUGCACCAUCCCAGGGAUCUAGUAGUUAGGAUUUGGUAGCCAGGGAUCUAGUGGUUAGCUCAAUGGUAGAGCACAUCCUCGCAUGCAGCAGGUCCCAGGUUCAAUUCCUGGCAUCUCCAGGUAGGGCUGGGAAAGUCUCCUGCCUGAAACCUUGGAGAACUGCUGCCAGCCAGUGUAGACAAUACUGAGCUAGAUAACCAGUGGCCUGACUCAGUAUAAGGCAGCUUCCUACAUUCCUUUCUUCCACUCUACUGCUGUCUAAUCACAUGGGCAGAUGAAUUAAAUGAAUUGUGUGCAUGAAUUAAAUACUUGGUGUGUUUAGGGGCAGUUAAACCAUCCUCAUGUGAUUAGGCAACAGUGGGAUGACACACCAGAUGAGGGACGAGACGUGUUCAAAUCUAAUCCUCUCCCAUACCUUUAACAUGGAUGGCUGGGCAUAUUGUUUGAAUCAGCUCCCAAUAUUCUUGGAAUGGAAUAUAUGCAAAUCUCAAUGGCUCACUUAUGCAACUAAUGUAUAACAAUUGCUCCAUUGGUUUAACGAGCCAGGUUUGUUUGUUUUUUAAGCCAGGAGGCAGAAUGUAGCCAGAUUUGCACAAAUGUGGCCCAGAAGCAUCCCUUGUAUUGGCUCCAACACACAGGGUUGCCCUGGUGUGAUAUUGGUUAAUCAAUUAACACAGGUCAAGGAGUGGCAAAUCCUAUCAGUGUAUACCCAGAAUUUACAGUGAAGAGAAUUUGACCAUGCUGCUGCUGCUGCCACAACCUGCCACUCCUAUCAAAUAAAUGUCAGCUAGCCGGCUGCUUUAGGCUCAAUACAGAUAGACCCUGCCUGGCACUGUUUGUUUGGGUAUCUGGUUACUAGGGAUACAGAUGGCUUGGGAGUCCAGGGAAAACAUGUCCUUCACCUUAUUGGAAUGUACUGAGUCACCUGGGUCCAGCCAUUGCUAUUACCUCGUAAUAGUAGUAAGAACACAUCAAGGUGUGUGUGCCUCAGGCAACUGUACAGCAUGAGUGUAUUGGAAAUAAAGUUGCCAUGUCAAACAUUUUGAACACAAUCCUGUGUAUGCACACACAGAGAGCAGUAAGCCCCCUGAACAAAAUGCAACAUGCAUAAGAAUGCAUUUCACGUAUCUUAAGGAGCUAAGAUGUUUUAUGGGGUUCUGAAGAGCAGCAUCAUUCUCCAAGGAAGUGUACAUGCUGAACUAGACCAACUUUACCCUUUUUCAAGAAGGCCAGGAGUGAGCACGGACUGUCAAACACUGGCUUUUACUAAUAUUUUUUAGUAAUCAAGUCUGAACAAGCAUAUUUAAUUUUUUUGGCUUUAGCAAUAACACAGACAUCAGAUGCAAAAAAAGCACAGUGCAGCUAUGUGUUGUACCAUACAGCUAUUUUUCAUGCAACACCUUUUUGACAGCAGAUCUCAUUUGAUCUAGCAAAAUAUUCUCUAGUUUUAACUGUCCAGUAGGUAUUAUACAGGCUGACUGCCUGUAUGUUUUCUUGGAAUUAAUUACCACUCAAUUCAAGUAUACUUAGACUUGCAGCCUCAAAGCCCAACUAUAUGAGAUGAGGGAGAUUCAUGAUUAGAUCUCCUGACUUUUCCAUUUUUAGUCAAAAGCACCUGCAACAAUUGGAUUGGGGCAAUGGUGCUAGCGGAGAGGGGUUAACUCUUUAUCCAUAAAUGAUUUACCUGCUCUUUCCUGAAUCUCUUUUUGGCCCACUGCAGAAAACAUAUCACAAAUAAUCUGUGUCCUGUGUGGCUUAGCCCGAAGGCUGCAAUCAUUUGCAAAUCGUUAAGUCUGUGUCUGUUAUUCCCAUCUUUAAUUUUUUUCCCUUUUUUCUGCAAUAUCAAGGCUUAUCUAGCUUAUUCUAUGAUAUAUUGAGUACAAUCGUUAGUUUGUACUUUUGUGUAUUUUAUAUUGUAACAUAUUUUAAAAUAAAAACUAGCCGACCCCGCACAGAGCAUCUGUGUGCUCUUUGGGGCCGGCCGUUACCUCUCCCCCCA